GGACAAUAGUGUUAGUACAAUUUCCGCUUGGGUCUUACAUUAAAACGCACCCUAGUGUACAUGAUAGGUUGAUGGGCAUUUCGAUGGGCAUUUCGAUGGGCAUUUCGAUGGGCAAUAAACACACUGGAUGUUCACAAACCUCUGAUCAAAAAGUUCCAACUACGGGGGACCCAAACACUCCCCUAAAAAUUAACCCCACGGGCAUCCGAUUGAACCCUCCUUGUAAAACAAAAGGGUGAAAGGCAUGUGUAAUUAAGCCUCUUAUUGGCUCCAUAGUUCCAACAAUGAAACUGACCUUCAUGUAGGCUUUAUCCCUACGUCUUCUCAGCCUAAUUAGGCAUUCGUAUAACCCUUGACCUGUACUUGGUUAAAAAUGGUCUUCAUAUAGUCACUGUUGACGAGUAUACGUGUCAAUGGCUCCCUUUUGGGUUAUAUUA